CCACCCCUUUCUGCUGCUAUAUAAAGCUUUCACCCUCCCACACUGACAGGACUUCACUCACAGACAUCCCAUUAAGGUUGCACUGUGAGAACCGCUACUCUAAACUUCUCCUUCUUCCCCUCCAGAAAAAGACAAGAAAAUGAGAGAGUGCAUCUCCAUCCAUGUCGGCCAGGCCGGUGUCCAGAUGGGCAACACAUGCUGGGAGUUGUACUGUCUGGAGCAUGGCAUAAUGCCCGACGGCCAAAUGCCCAAAGAUAAGCCCAGCGGUGGCUACGAUGACUCAUUUACCACCUUCUUCAGUGAGACCGGGACGGGGAAGUACGUUCCCAGAGCCAUCUUUGUGGACCUGGAGCCUACCGUCAUUGACGAGGUUAGAACCGGAACCUACCGUCAGUUGUUUCAUCCUGAGCAGCUAAUCUCAGGAAAAGAAGAUGCUGCCAACAACUACGCCCGAGGCCACUACACUGUUGGAAAGGAGCACAUAGAUUCUGUCCUUGACAGGAUCCGCAAACUGUCCGACCAGUGCACAGGACUCCAAGGGUUCCUGGUUUUCCACUCCUUUGGAGGAGGAACUGGUUCAGGCUUUACCUCUCUGCUCAUGGAGCGUCUAUCGGUAGAUUUUGGCAAGAAGUCCAAGCUUGAGUUCGCAAUCUACCCAGCUCCUCAGGUGUCCACAGCUGUAGUUGAGCCCUACAACUCCAUCCUGACCACCCACACCACCCUAGAGCACUCCGACUGUGCCUUCAUGGUGGACAACGAGGCAAUCUACGACAUCUGCCGCAGGAACCUUGAUAUUGAACGUCCGUCGUACACCAACCUGAAUCGUCUCAUCAGUCAGAUUGUCUCCUCUAUCACUGCCUCCCUUCGCUUUGAUGGAGCAUUGAACGUAGAUCUGACAGAGUUCCAGACCAACCUGGUGCCAUACCCUCGCAUCCACUUCCCCUUAGCCACCUAUGCCCCGGUAAUCUCUGCAGAGAAGGCUUAUCACGAGCAGCUCACUGUCGCAGAAAUAACCAACUCCUGCUUUGAACCGGCCAACCAGAUGGUGAAAUGCGAUCCCCGUCAUGGAAAGUACAUGGCUUGCUGUCUCCUGUAUCGCGGUGAUGUUGUGCCCAAAGACGUCAACGUGGCCAUCAGCAACAUCAAAACCAAGCGCAGCAUCCAGUUUGUGGACUGGUGCCCCACUGGCUUCAAAGUGGGCAUUAACUACCAGCCUCCAACUGUGGUUCCGGGUGGCGACCUGGCAAAGGUGCAGAGAGCUGUGUGCAUGCUAAGCAACACAACAGCCAUUGCCGAGGCCUGGGCCCGACUAGACCACAAGUUUGACCUGAUGUACGCCAAGAGAGCCUUCGUCCACUGGUACGUCGGAGAGGGAAUGGAGGAGGGAGAGUUCUCAGAAGCCAGAGAGGACAUGGCCGCCCUAGAGAAGGAUUAUGAGGAGGUUGGCAUUGACUCCUACGAAGAGGACGAGGAGGGGGAAGAGUAUUAGUUGUGACACCUGAGAAACCUCAUUCAGAAGCUGAAUGAGUGCUGUUCUGUUUAAUGGUGGCUUACAGACCAUUUUUAAACGCUGUUGUAUAGCAGUUUUAACAAGUUAAAUCCCAUGGUGUUUCGUUUUAU